GUGCUGUGUGUAGAAGCUGGACUGUGGAGACAGGACUGAGCCGAAGCAGAGGGUGGAAGGGAGGACACUGGUCAAGUUCCUGACCCGACUUAGGGAGGCUAACUCUAGAAAAUGCCAAGUAGGAAAUUUGCAGAUGGUGAAGUGGUGAGAGGUCGGUGGCCAGGAAGUUCACUUUAUUAUGAAGUAGAGGUUCUGAGCUACGACCAAAAGUCACAUCUCUACACGGUAAAAUACAAAGAUGGAACCGAACUUGAAUUGAAAGAGAAUGAUAUCAAGCCUUUAACAUCCUUUAAGCAAAGGAAAAGUGGCUCAACUUCCAGCUCACCCUCCAGACGCCGUGGGGGCCGGGGCCGAAGCCGUGGCAGCUGGUCCAGGUCACGCUCCAGAUCCCCUGGCAGACCGUCCAAAGGUUCCAGAAGGUCGGCUUCUGCUUCCUACCAAGCUGACUUUAAGGAAACGAUGGGUCAGAUUCUGGAGGUUAAAUUGACACCGCUUGUACUGAAGCCAUUUGGAAACAGUGUCACCAUCUACAAUGGAGAGCGGGAACAUGGGGAGUGCAAUGACAUUCUUCAUAAAAACUCCCAGGAGAGAUUGAUUUUGUCACAAGAAAGUAGCUGUACAUCUUCACAAUAUAACCUUCGUCUGAGGAGAGAAGAGGUGCAAGCAAAAGAAACAAGUUCUAAGGAAGAAAAGCUUGUUCCAAAAGAACCCGACUUGCUCAAAACCUUCAAAGUGACACCCAAUCCACAGAGGAAAGACCUGGAGUUUGGAGGAGUCCCUGGGGCGCUGCUCAUCACGCUCGGCUUGCCUGUCUUCCUCUUCCUGCUGCUGCUCAUGUGUGAGCAGCAGGACCCCAGCCUGCUGAGUUUCCCCCCCCCUCUGCCUGCCUGGGCUGACGUAUGGGAGACCAGAGUGUGUGGAGUCUACUUGCUCUGGUUUCUCGUUCAAGCCCUGUUCUACCUACUGCCAGUUGGGAAGGUUGUAGAAGGAACACCUCUUGUGGAUGGAAGAAGACUCAAGUAUAGAUUAAAUGGGUUCUACGCAUUCACCCUGACGUUGGCAGGGGUUGGAGCAGCUGUCUUCUGGGGCGUGGAGCUCUCUUGGGUGUACAGCCAUUUCCUUCAGUUGGCGCUUGCAGCCACAGUGUUUUCGGUGGUCUUGAGUGUUUACCUCUAUGCUCGCUCUCUGAAGGCGCCCAGGAGUGAGCUGGCGCCCGCUAGCUCUGGAAAUGCUGUCUAUGAUUUCUUCAUUGGCCGUGAACUAAACCCUCGAAUUGGCACUUUUGAUCUCAAAUACUUUUGUGAAUUGCGUCCAGGAUUGAUUGGAUGGGUGAUUGUUAACGUGGUGAUGCUCUUGGCUGAAAUGGAAGUGCAGAACCGCCCCACUCCAUCCCUGGCAAUGAUCUUGGUGAACAGUUUCCAGCUCCUGUAUGUGGUAGAUGCUCUCUGGAAUGAGGAGGCUCUGCUGACCACCAUGGACAUCACGCACGACGGGUUUGGGUUCAUGCUGGCAUUUGGAGAUCUGGUAUGGGUUCCGUUCACCUACAGCCUCCAGGCCUUCUACCUGGUCCGCCACCCCCAGGAUCUAUCGUGGCCUGUGGCCGCGCUCUCCACCGCCCUGAAACUUUGUGGAUAUGUAAUCUUCCGAUGUGCAAAUUCUCAGAAAAAUGCAUUCCGGAAAAAUCCCAUGGACCCAAAGCUUGCGCAUUUAAAAACGAUUCAGACUUCUACUGGGAAGAGCCUGCUGGUGUCCGGAUGGUGGGGCCUCGUCCGCCACCCCAAUUACCUGGGCGACCUGGUCAUGGCGCUGGCCUGGUCCCUGCCCUGCGGCUUUGGUCACCUUCUGCCCUACUUCUAUGUCAUCUACUUCACGGCGUUGCUGGUCCACCGCGAGGCCCGGGACGAGCAGCACUGCCGGAGGAAGUACGGCCUGGCCUGGGAGCAGUACUGCCAGCGGGUGCCCUACCGCCUUCUCCCCUACGUGUACUGAGCUGCACCCCCUCCCCAAGGAGAGUCCCUAGGACUCUGUGCACUGGCGGGCUGUGAGUUUGUCGUCUUUUUGAGCUGGGACCAUAGAUGCAGAGUAGGUCUUCUAAUGUAGUCGGGUUCAAUGUGUUCAUAUUAAAGUUUUACCCGUUCAAAUACAAAUGAAGAAUCUAGCAUUUACGGGGGGGGGGGGGGGGGGGGGGGUAGAGCCACCCCCCCCCCCCAUCCCAGGCUCCCGCCCAAAAGGACGCUCUUGAUGUGUAUAGUUUCAUUUCCUUCCAAGCUGCGUUCUUUGCUUUUGCUUUUUUUUUUUUUUUUGCCUGUUGAUUUUUUUAAAGAUGAAAACAGUGUUGUGUUAAAAUACACUUAUGGUUCACUGCAUUAAAAUAGAAUUUUGGGCUUGGUAGAAUGCCUGCCUGGCAGGCAAAGUCCCACUGUCCACACCAGGCCUGACCAUCCCUCCCCAGCAAGGACAGCACUUCCCCGUGGGGGCAGCGAGGACCGGCGUGAUCUCAGCACUUGGGAGGCUCAAGAGUGCAAGGCCCCGUCUCAAACCCAGGGGAGGAAAUGGGGUUCUUAUUCGUGUUGAAGGCAUUUGUUAUGUGAUACAAAUAAACCUGAUGCAUGCGUUCAAUGCUGCGCGAAGGGAGGGCAGGGACCAGCACUGCUGGGAGAAAAUGUAAAUACAGAGCUCGCUUCUACGUAAUACGCACGGUGGCUUCAGAUUUCUGAAUGUCAGGGAAUUGUCAGGAUGUGCAGCUGGGUAAAGGACAUUUUCAGUGGUUUAUACUUUAGAGUAAUGUGAAUUAAAAAUUUUUGAAACAAUUAGAAUUCUUUUCCUAUUGUACAGAAGACGCUGUUAAAAUGUAGGAGAGGUAUUUUUUUUAAUCCAGAACUUGUGAAUUUGGCUUUGCUACCUCAAUUUGCAGAUGUGUGUUGGCCUUUAUAAACCAUUGCAGAUAGAAAAUAUAUUUUUGAGGAACAUCACUAUUUAAGCAUUUUUACACAUUGGUAUUUGAAAAUUUGCCACUUUGGGCUAGUAUUUUUAUACGUUUUUGAGUUCUCAACUUGGCAGCAUUUUUGCUCACUGUUCCGCACAUUUAUGCUGUGCAUUUUGUACAUCUUUUGUGUCUACAGAGCUUUACUCCCGGUAGGCGUUCUGUCUAGAGAGCACAAGGCACACAGGGCUGCUUUCUCGUGGCUUCAGCCUGUCAGUGCCUGGGCCUGAGUUCCACGUGGACACACGCGCCACCCACACGUGCACUGUCAGGGCAGCGACCGGCUGCGCUCCGCGUCCCUGGCCGCGUGUGCCGGCGUUGGCGCCGGUACCCAAGAGUCGGCUUGUUUCUCGCACUUGUCCCUGCCGUCCGUGUGCACUGUGCCCGUGCGGGGGGGGAGGGUGGCAUGGCCCUGCCCGCCCCCACCUCUGGGAGCAGCUCGUUUGUUUUUGUCUAUGGCAGGUUUGUUUGAUAAGCUUUGUAAUGAGGUUUUAAUUUUAAGCUGUAGAUUAAGUUGAAAAAAAUCUUAGAAAAUAAAGAUGUUGCUUUGGU